AAAAUGGUUACAAACGGCUUACACCGGUUGACAAAAAAAAAACGGCUUUACACCAAAAAAACAGAAAAAUACCGGUAAAACUUUUUAGGAGGCAUGCACCCAGUAACAAAAAAAAAAAGAAAAAGGAGGCAUGCACCAAGCCACCAACGUCUUAACUCCACACGUGCCUGGCCAUAACCUCAGGCCUAUUACUCACCACACAUUGUCUUACACGUGUAUAUAAGUACACCAGGGCAUGUGUGUAUGUCCUUGUUCCUCUGUUUCUCUGCCUUGAAUUGUGGCAUAUCGUAGAAGAAGAAGAACAAACAAAACCAGAAAAACGAUAUUCAAGUAUCGGCGGCAGAAUUAACUUGCCGGGAAAUGGGGAAAGCUAGAGGAAUUAACAGCGGUGGAGGAGAGAGCUCUCUCGGUUACCUUUUUGGAUCCGGCAAGUCAGUUUCCAAACCGACCAAGCCCGCCGUUAACACCAGCUUUACCACCACCACAACAACACCAACUACCACCAACGGAGCUGGAGGCAGACUCACGACCACCACCACCACAAACACUAUCACCGGAGAUAAAAACAUGACGGAGGAGGAGAAGAAGAAGGAGAUGUCGGCAGGUGUAAGAGGAAGCCCUAAUAAUUACUUGAGAACAGAGGGACAAAACUGUGGUAACUUUCUCACGGAUCGACCAUCGACGAAGGUUCAUGCUGCACCUGGUGGAGGAUCUUCUCUAGGUUACUUGUUUGGAUCUGGAUCUGGCAAAUGAUUUUACUUUCCACGACAAUCUGAAUCGUUAAAAAACAAGUGUAAAAAUUGUCAAUCUAUGGUUCCAAACUGGAAGCUUUCUCGAUUUAAGACGUCUCUAAAACAAUUUGAGUGUAAUGAACAAGAGUUUUCUCUUUACUGAA